AUACCCUAACUGCCUGAACAAAAACAAAUUCUGAUGUUUACAUAGUGUCAGGCGGGUCUUAUCAAUUUUUUUAAAAUACAUUUUUCAAAUACUUUAUAGAUUCCGGUAUGUAAUUUUUUAAUACUCAAUUAAAUAUUAUUAUGGGUUUUAUAAAAAUGUGUAUAUGGAUGAUCAAGAAAAAGUUUUAUGUGCUGGUUAUUUUUGGAAUAACACUUUGCACUUUAUUCUUUUGGUUUCAUUACUCGCUAAUAAAUGAUAUUGAUCGAAAAGCGCGACUAGAAAAAAUUAAUUUGUUUAUAAAAAAAGAGGCUAGUAAUAUAUCUUGUAAAAAACCAAUUUUACCGGUUUAUGCUCCUGAAAUAAUGAAAUUUAUAAAAAACGUUGCUCCAAUUGAUUGCACAAAAUCUGGAAUAGAUUGGGUCAAGUGUCAUGGUUCUGAAUGUGUUAUACGGGAACAAGCCAAAAUUAAAUACGGCCCCAUUAAAUGCUCAUUUACUGAUAUAAUUCGCGUCAAUGAUUUUAAAUUAAUUGACGGUGAAACAUUCUACUCCAGUGAAUAUUAUAAAUUAGAGCAAAGUGAUGUGGUAAAAGUUUCGUGUAAAUCUGCAGACUAUAAGUGGUCUGCAAUUUUAACAGGUAUCAGAAUAGAUAACAAUAUUUGGGACAAAGCCAACUGGGAGGAAAUGUCCAGUAGUUCCUUAAAAAUGAACGUUUUACUGUUUGGUUUUGAUUCGAUUUCUCGAAACUCAUUUAUAAGAAAACUUCCGAAAAGCUACGAUUACUUAGUUAAUGUUCUGGAUGCUAUUGUCCUUCAAGGAUACAACGUAGUGGGCGAUGGAACUCCGCAGGCUCUAAUUCCUAUGCUAACAGGAAAAACUGAACUUGAACUUCCAGACACUAGGAAACGAUUAGAAGGCACCCAUAAUGUAGACGUUUAUCCGUUUAUAUGGAAAGAUUACAAAAACGUCGGCUAUGUAACGGCUUUCUUCGAAGAUCUACCCGAUCAAGGCACUUUUACUUACAGAUUGAAUGGAUUUGAGGAGGCUCCAGCAGAUCACUACAUGAGACCAUAUUUUAUGGCGUCGGCGAAACAGAAUGGUUGGCCAAAAUACUGUGCUGGAGAAACGCCAAACCAUAAAGUUAUGUUCAAUAUGGUUAGAGAUUUUUUUAGUGUAUAUCAGUCAAAACCGAAAUUUCUUUUCGGAUUCCAUGGAGAGCUAUCCCAUGACGACUACAAUCUAAUUGGGGUAGCUGACCAAGAUUUAGCUGCUCUGCUAGGAGAAAUGAACGAAUCAGGUGCUCUGAAUAACACAGUUUUAGUUAUCAUGGCUGAUCAUGGUCAUAGAUUUGCAGAUGUUAGAAACACAAUACAAGGGAAACAAGAAGAGAGAUUACCAUUUUUUUCCUUUACAUUUCCACCUUGGUUUAAAAAAAACUACCCGCAUCUUUACAAGAAUUUUAAACUCAACGAGGACAAACUGGUUACGCCUUUUGAUAUUUAUGAGACCUUAAAGGAUAUUAUAGACCUGAAACAUACUGGCGUUGCUGAUAUUAACCAGAGAGCUGUUUCAUUAUUUUCGAAAAUACCUGAAGAGAGAUCAUGUGCUCAUGCUUACAUAGAACCCCAUUGGUGUGCCUGUUUAGACUGGAAACAUAUAGAUUUAUCAAAUCCUAUUGUUCAUAGACUAGGAGAAGUAUUAGUUCAUACGAUAAACAAUUUUACUAAUGUGCAUAGAGAUAUAUGUGAAAAACUUUCCUUGUCUAAUAUUAUUUGGGCUAUGAAGUUGGCGCCUAACGAAAUGUUACUGAAAUUCAGUAGAAAUGCUGAUAUUGAUGGGUUUGUUGCAGAUCUAUCAGCAACAAUGGAUAUUAAAACUGACCUAUAUCAAAUCAAAGCGUUAUUUAUGCCCGGAAAGUCUUUGUUUGAAGCUUCUAUUAAGCAUUACCGACAAAGUGAUAAAAUGGAAUUAAAAAUCAGUGAUAUUAGCAGAACAAAUAUGUAUGGAAGACAGGCGAGAUGUGUGGAGAAAACUUUACCUUUCUUACGAAAAUAUUGUUUUUGUAAAAACUGAUCCCUAAAAUAUAUAAUUUCUCAACAUA